UUUUUGUGAAAAAAAUUAUAAUGAUUUUUUGUCUACUAAAUCUUAUUGCUGACUGGACAUUAAUAAAAUUAAAAUAAAAGUUGUAUAUUACAACUUCAUUUAUUCCUUUAAUUAUUCUUUGAACAGGUCUAUAUCUGGUUAAUAAGUAACAAUAUAAAUUGGAGUCAUUUGAUGGCCACUACAUUAUUGGUUAUGGCCCUAGGUAUUUACUAUUAUCUAAAAUCCAAAAUACAUUCAUAGGUAGUUUAGAAACACAAGGAGGUAUUGUAUGGCCAGAUAAUUUCUUGUCUGUAACAACUAGGUCACUGUUUUGUUAGAAAUCUGAAAAUAACUAACAUUUUGGCAGACCUGGCUUGCCUUUAAUCAUGUUAAUAAUUCCUAAGCAAGAUCUAUAUAUAUAUAGAUUCUACCACUGCAUCAGUGAUCAAGUGUGAUACGAUACUUAUCCACUCGAGACAGUUAAAUUUUCAAAUUUAAAAUGCAAGGCUUGCCAAGCUUUUUAAAUAUUUAAAAUUUAACUGUCGAAAGUGGAUAAAUAUCUAUUGCACAAGCUUUGGUGGUGUAAUCUGUUUCUCUAAGGAAACCAGUUUUGUCAAUCCUCUCAUGGUAGUAUUAAAAUCGUAAAAAAAAAGAAAAAAUAAGGGUGGAUUCUUUAACCAAGAACUAAGCCAAGAUAUUAUUAGUUUUUAGGAAAGUAAUUUGAAUUUGAUGUAAUUUCCUUGUUCUUUUUGUCAUAUAGACUUAAAUUAUAAAUUUAGCAAUAAAAUAGUUUUUUUCUUCUUAAUGUAGGACUUGUUAUGGAAGAAAGUUGUGAACCUGUGGCCUGGCGUAUCCAAUUCUUAGUGAGAAGCCUGUUUUAUGUAUGAUAGAUACUUGUUACUUUCCUGAAUUACAAAAAAAAAAGUUUUAUGAUUAUAUGGAUCAAGGAUAACCAGAGUACAGAAUGAGUAGUGGCUCGUCCCCUGUGUAUGAUCAGUAUGAACAGAUAAGGCAGGCUGAGAGGGAAAGGGCAGAGAUCGUUGGCAGAUAUGACAAGGGAAGAGAAGAAGGAGCACAAAUUGAUCCAUGGGAGGACCCAACAUUUGAAGUGUAUCAUGUAACAGAUAGAUAUGGAUUUAUACAUGACAGUAGGUUACCAACCCAAAGAGAUGCUGCUGAAAUAAAGGCAAAAGAAGUGGAAUCAGAGAGAACCAAGAAAUGGCUGAAGAUGAUGAAAAGCUGGAAAAAAUAUUAUCCUGGAGAGAAGAUGACAAGAAGGAUUUACAAAGGAAUACCAGAUAGUUUGAGAGGUGAAAUAUGGGCAAGACUACUAGAUAUCAACAAAGUCAAAGCUGAACAAAAUGGAGUCUAUAGAAAAAUGAAGAUGAGGGCACGUGCCAAAUCCCCAGAUAUAAGACAGAUAGACUUAGAUAUUAACCGUACUUACAGAAAUCAUAUAAUGUACAGACAAAGAUACAGCGUCAACCAGCAAGCUCUGUUCCAUGUUCUGUCAGCAUACUCCAUGUACAAUACAGAGGUUGGUUACUGCCAGGGAAUGAGUGAGAUAGCAGCUUUGUUGCUUAUGUAUCUAAAUGAAGAGGAUGCUUUCUGGGCUUUGUCACAACUUUUUUGCCAAAAGAGAUAUGCAUGUCAUGGAAUGUUUAUGCAUGGUUUUCCCAAGUUGUUAAGAUUCCAGGAACAUCAUGACAAUAUUCUCAGGAAAUUUUUACCUAAGCUGAAGAAGUAUAUGGAUAAGAAUGAUAUUUAUACAAGUCUUUAUACUAUAAAGUGGUAUAUGCAGUGUUUUCUAGACAGGAUUCCUUUUACACUAACAUUAAGGUUCUAUGAUGUUUUUAUGUUGGAAGGUGACAAAUUGUUGUGUGCUGCAGCAUAUACGAUACUUAAACUUCAUAAAAGAAGAUUAGUAAAGUUUAGUAUGGAAAAUGCUGUUGCCUAUUUACAGUCAGGAUUAGAGAAAGAUUUUGGUUAUGAAGAUGAUGCUGUAAUGGACCAAAUACAAGUCAGUAUAGAGGAACUGACUAAAGCUAAGAUGUUACUACCUCCAAAACCAAAAGUCAAUGAGGAAGCAACUCUUCCUUUUGGUCUAGAAAUUGAACCUAGUAUUGAACAAAUAAUUAAGGGACGUAACCCAAGUUCAGCAGAUGAACAUUUCAAAAGAAACCCUCACAAAGGAAAGGCAGGGUACCUUCGAAAGAGAGGUUUAUCUAAUUCAUUUACACCAGAGCUUGGACGAAGUCAUGCAGAGUCAUCUUCUAUGCAGUCAAGCCAAUUGUCAUUUGAUGACCAGUCAUCAUACUAUGAUACUGCUGCAAAUUCUCGUUUGUCUUUGGCUGAUUAUCAUGCAAAACUAUCAAUGCAAAGUUCACGGACAUCUUAUGCAGGGGAUUCUGACAUGGGUGAAGAAGCUAGAUAUACUCCUGUCAAUGAUGAUAUGUCUCCAACUACUGCAAAUUAUAGCCAUAACUCUCACGAAACAACUGUAGAAAAUAUUGCUGAAUUAAAUGGUCAACAAACUCCCUCAGUUCACUCAGAUUAUGAUAACAUGGAAACUGAAAAUGUUAACUUUGACCCACAACCAGGUGAUGAUAUUGAUAUGCAUCCACUUAAUGGUCCAUUUCCACAUGUUGACACUAGUCCACAUAUGGAAAUUGACAUCAAUCAUACAAAUCAUAAUCAUGUGAACACUAGUCCACGAUAUGUAACAGAAAUUCAUGUACCAGCCAGCAAGUCAGAUGGCUAUAUCCGUGCAUCUAAUAAGGAUUGGAUGGAUCAGAAUGAGGAUGAAGGAUUAAACUCUCAAACAAUUUUCUCUCGGGGUGAUGCAAUGAUUGAUGAAAAGAAUUCUAAUAAUGGUGUAUAUAUUUCUGACUACAGUAAUGGUUACCUAGGUACAAAGUCACAGAGCUGGCAUUCAGAAAUGUCUACUUCAUUUUCUGUUGUGAAGCAAAGUCAACAUUAGCUCAAAUCUAUUUGUAAUUAUUUUUUAAAGUUGGAAUUUUUAUAAAUACAUAUACAUUUAAAGUUACAAAUGAUAAAGGAGUAUAUACAAGUCUUUUAUUACUUCUUUCAUAUUCCUGUAAACUUUUAUUUGCAGUCCAAACUUAAACCAAUAGUGCAAUGAUCAUCAGAUAGAACAACGAGUAGAAAAUAUCUUUCUCACAGAAUUUGAAUUGUUAAAUUGUAGAAAAAGCACUACAAGUUUCAUGCAGUGAUUUUACCUGAUAAGUAUGUUCAUUUCCUGUAUGAUUUUGUUGAAAUUUUAAUGAUUAUUUGGUGUUAUCAGGAAAUUCUUUUUCUUUAAGUUUUAUUUAAAAAAAGACAGCUGUUGUGACUAAUGUUCUUGAUGACAAAUUCAUUUUAAUCAUGCUUUUCUAUAAAAGUUUGCUGUGAUUUACUACGAUUAAUUUGGAAAAAUUUAAUUGUAUGGAUUCAAAUAAAAAAAGAGCCAUUUUAUACGACCGCAAAAAAAAUUUUGUGGUCGUAUAUUGGUAUGACGUUGGCGUCGUCGUCGUCGUCCGAAGACACAUUGGUUUUCGCACUCUAACUUUAGUUUAAGUGAAUGGAUCUCUAUGAAAUUUUACCACAAGGUUCAAUACCACAAAAGGAAGGUUGGGAUUGAUUUUGGGGGUUAUGGUACCAACAGUAAAGGAAUUAGGGGCAAAAAAGGGGCCAAAAAUAAGCAUUUUUGUAACUUCCAGACAUAACUAGUGUGUUAGUGUAUGGUUCUCUCUGACAUUGUACCACAAGGUUCCAUAUCACAAAAGGAAUGCUUGGAUUGAUUUUGGGGGUAAUUGCCUCAGAAUUUUAGGAAUUAGGGGCCAAAAAAAGGGCAAAAAACAAGCAAUUUUCUAGUUUCAUGACAAUAACUUGUGUGUAAGUGUAUGGAUCUUUCUGAAAUUGUACUACAAGGUUUCAUAUCACAAAGGGAAAGCUGGAAUUGAGUUUGGGGGUAAUUGCCGAAACGUUUAGGAAUUGGGGGCCAAAAAUAAGCAUUUUUCUAGUUUCCAGACAAUAACUUGUGUUCAGUGUAUGGAUCUCUCUGAAAUUGUACUGCAAGGUACCAUACCACAAAGGGAAGGCUGGGAUUGAUGAUGGGGGUAAUUGCCUCAAUAUUUUAGGAAUUAGGGGCCAAAAAGGGGCAAAGAACAAGCAUUUUUCUAGUUUCAGGACAAUAACUUGUGUGUAAGUGUAUGGAUCUUUCUGAAAUUGUACUACAAGGUUCCAUAUCACAAAGGGAAAGCUGGGUUUGAGUUUGGGGGUAAUUGCCGUAAACGUUUAGGAAUUUGGGGCCAAAAAGGGGCCAAAAAACACAUUUUUCUAUUUUCCAGACAAUAACUUGUGUUCAAGUGUAUGAAUCUUUCUGAAAUUGUACUGCAAGGUACCAUGCCACAAAGGGAAGGCUGGGAUUGAGUUUGGGUACGAUGAAUCAUAAGGGGGUUCAAAAAAUUUGGGGGGGGGGGGGAUUUUUUUUUUUUUCCUUUUUUUUCUUUUUUUCCUAUUUUUUCUUUUAAAAUUUUCCAUUUUAAGUUGGUUAUUUCUGAUUUAUAUUUAAAAGCAAAUAAUAAUGAUAUGAUAGGAGAUACACACCUAACAGGAUGUGUAAAUUAUUAUAUAAUAAGUAUUGUGCAAUAGCAAGAAAUUUUCAAUUGCAUAGUAUUGCACAAUAGCAAGAAAUCUUCAAUUGCACAGUAUUGCACAAUAUCAAGAAAUCUUCAAUUGCACAGUAUUGCGCAAUAACAAGAAAUAUCCAAUAGCACAAUAUUGCGCAAUAGCAAGAAAUUGUCAAUUGUACAGUAUUGCGCAAUAGCAAGAAAUAUUUAAUUGCACAGUAUUGUGCAAAUGAAGAUACUUCCUAUAAAUUGCUUAUUUCUUGACCAAUUUCAAUGGGGUUUUAUUCUUGAAUUCUUGGGGUUCUUUAAUAUGCUGAAUCUAACCGUGUAUUUAGUUUUUGGAUUUUGGGCCAAGUUUUUAAAUUGGUCCACAUUGAGGUCCAAAGGGUCCAAAAUUAAACUUUGUUUUAUUUCAUCAAAAAUUGAAUUAUUGGGGUUCUUUGAUAUGCCGAAUCUAACCGUGUAUUUAGAUUCUUAAUUUUUGGUUCUGUUUUCAAAUUGGUCUAUAUUAAGGUCCAAAAUUAAAGUUAGUUUGAUUUUAACAAAAAUUGAAUUCUUAGGGUUCUUUGAUAUGCUGAAUCUAAACAUGUAUUUAGAUUUUUGUUUAUGGGCCCAGUUUUCAAUUUGGUCCAAAUCGGGUUCCAAAAUUAAACUUUGUUUGAUUUCAACAAAUAUUGAAUAUAUGGGGUUCUUUGAUAUGCUGAAUCUAACCAUGUAUUUAGAUUUUUGAUUUUUGGGCCCCGUUAUCAACUUUGUCCACAUUGAGGUCGAAAGGGUCCAAAAUUAAACUUUAUUUGAUUUCAUCAAAAAUUUAAUUCUUGGGGUUCUUUGAUAUGCUGAAACUAACCAUGUAUUUAGAUUUUGGAUAUUGGACCAUAAUAGGUGAAUGUCCAAUUUAAAAUUUUUAAGUUCUUAGACCACAUUCAUUCUGUGUCAGAAACCUAUGCUGUGUCAAAUAUUUAAUCACAAUCCAAAUGCAAAGCUGUAUCAAGCUUGAAUGUUGUGUCCAUACUUGCCCCAACUGUUCAGGGUUCGACCUCUGCGGUCCUAUCAAGCUGCGCCCUGCGGAGCAUUUUAUUUUACUUUUAUUUUGAAAUACGAUAUCUCUGGACUUACUGUAAAAACUGACUUUCUGAAAAGGGUGAUUUAACUGUUGAUUGCUGAAAGUCAAAUACAUUCUCAAUAAUUUUUUGUUUAGUUUUCAAAGUUGCACAUCAAAUUGUCCUACAAUAGCCAUUUUAAUUUUCGACAGAAAAUUUCGCUUGAAGACUGUGAGGUCAACAAUAAAUCAGUUUUUAAAUGGUUAUUGCCUUUGGAUUGUAGUCCAUUUUUAGUCAGGUUCACCCUUUUUUUACCAUUAUGGAAAUUUCUCAUUGAUACUUUAAAAAUAUUCUUAGAAUAUAAGUUACAGAAAAAGUUAAGUUACCACUGUUUGAAUUGUUGAUUAUAUUUUGAUAAUUAUAAACAUUCUAUAGAACAGUAUUAACAAUUACUGUCAAUCUGUAUAUGUUUGGAACAAGUUUUCUGUAAGAUCUAUGUGACAAGUUUUAUUAAUAGUGCUACUAACCAUUGCUCAUUUAUCAGUAUUAGUAAUUACAUUGACCAGUAGGAUAAAAAGACCAACCUAUCUGCAUUUAACGGAAACAUUUAAUUCAGGUUAUUUAUUUACAUUUUAGACCAGAGAAUAUACAGUAUAUUUAUAUUUCGAACCUUUUUUCAUAGAAAUAAAAAUACUGCCAUGACAUUUAAUAGUUUGUUACAGUUGAGUAUCUGAUUUUUGUCAAGCCUGCGACUUUUGUCGCAAAAGCGAGAUAUAGCGAUCCUACAUUCCGUUGUCAUCAUCGUAACCGGCGUCCACAAAUAUUCACUCUGUGAUUAAAGUUUUUGAAAUUUUAAUAACUUUCUUAAACUAUCCUGGAUUUCUGCCAAACUUGGACAGAAGCUUGUUCAUGAUCAUAAAAUAGUAUCCAGAAGUAAAUAUUGUAAAAAAAAAAUCCUUUUUAUCCAUAUUUUACUUAUAAAUGGACUUAGUUUUUCUGCCAGUAAACAUUACAUUCACUCUGUGGUUAAAGUUUUUAAAAUUUUAAUAACUUUCUUAAACUAUCCUGGAUUUCUACCAAACUUGGACAGAAGCUUGUUUAUGAUCAAAAGCUAGUAUCUAGAAGGAAAUUUUGUAAAAAUUUUAUUUCCUGUUUUUCCGUAUAUUACUUAUAAAUGGACUUAGUUUUUCUUCCAGUUAACAUUACAUACAGUCUGCUGUUAAAGUUUUUAAAACAUUUAUUAGAUUCAUAAACCAUCCUGGAUUUUUACCAAACUUGGAUAGAAGCUUCCUACAAUCAAAAGAUAGUAUCUAGAGGAAAAUUUUCAAUAAUUUUUUUCCCCAUUUUUGCUGAGCCUGCGACUAACAGCAAAAGUGGGUGAGACACUGGGUUCCGCGGAACCCUUACACAUUUUUCUAGAUACAGUCCAUGUGUACAUGAAUAUUGGUAUGAUCUCAAUGGUUAAGUACUAAUAAAGUUGAUACUUCUUCAUUUCAUAUGCAUAUAUAGUGUUUCCUUUUACCUCAAUCACAAGUAGAUUCGUGAAAUGAUGUGCAAUGUAAAAAUAGUUAAAUCUAUUUAUCUAGUUUUAAGAUGAGUUUUCCUGGGCUGGUUGUUAUCUUUUUUAUGGUCAGUUUGUGGUUUGCUUGUUCUUAGGUGUGAAUUAUAUCAAUUAAAUUAUGAUAUCAAAUUUUCCUGCUGUUUUUCUGUUUUAGCAAUUAUUCCAUGUGACAUUUAUUUCACACAGAAACUUUUGUUUGCAAAUAGUAUAAAAGUUUGCCUACAUGUCAUACUGAAGUUAUCAGAUAAAAAUUAAAAUUUACUAAAUUUGAGGCUAUACUCAAUGUGGUUAUAUUUGAUAUUUCUCCACUUUGACAGUUAAAUUUCUGAUAUUUAAAAUGUAAGUGUUGAGCAGAAAAAUAUUGUAUCUACCUGGACACAAUUGUAGAAUCUGUAUAUACACAGAGUAUUACCAUGAUUACAAUGAUCUGAUUGUUACUCAGCUUUCAUUUUUAAGGAAUAUUUUUAGAUAUAGAUAAAUGUUAUAUCAACAAAACAGUCAUUUUAAGAAACAUUUUGUUGAAAGUAGAAUGAUCACAGGUUUAUUGCGAUAUACAUUGUACAUAUCACUGUCCUCGAUACUGGUUGGCUUUGUGAGUGACUACAGUUAUAAACCAAUGCAGCAGAACCAUGAGGAAUUGUGUACAGAUUACUAACAUGACUAACGUGCCAAUGUGUAUUCAUAGCUGCUUUUGUACAUUUUUUUGUUUUCAUAUUCAUUUUAAUUUAAUAUCAUUUUCAUAAUGCAUGUCCAUCAUAUACUCAAUUUAUGUAAUAUGCAUCUUUCAUCAGCUGACAUUGUUCAUUGUUUUGUCUUAUAUUAAAUUCAAUGAUUAUACAGAAAUAAAUGAGAUUUCUACUUUUUAUAUAUUUGAGUUCUAAUGAGAAUUACGAAAAAAAUUCUAUUGACAUAUGGAGUCUUUCUUAAGGAUGUUCGCUACUCUGUUUCAAAAUAACUAGUUUUUUAAAAGACUGUUAUAAAUUGAUAGUAUAUAAAUAACGGGACUUAAAAAGCAGAAAAAAAAUGAAGGGUCCGUUACUUUGUUUUCAAGAUAUAAGCCAUUGAAAAAUUGGCGGGAAAUGAUUCUCUCUAGUUUUUUUAAACAUUUAACAUUGGCACCUUUUUUCUUUCAAAAACUGUCAAAAAAUAACAAGGAUUUUAUAAGAUUUUCAAAUAUGGCUUUUUAAACUUUAUGUGAUAAAAUUAUGAAAUGAAAAGUAGGGGUUAGUGGGGAAAAUAUCUAUUAGCACUACAUGGAUAAAACCAGAGGAUUCCAAAUAUCUUACAAAAAUGCAAAAAAAAGAGGAGCAAACAUCCUCAAGCUUGAGCCAUAAUGGUAAUAAAUUCUUCAUGAAAACAUUGCAGAGAUAUUUUCUGUAUUUUUGGUGUUUAGCACUAAGUUUUUUGUGUAGUCUAUUGUAAAAUGCUGCCCAUAAAAAUUAUUAGUAAUUGAAAAGAAAUGCAUGUUUUUAUGUAUGCAAUAACAAAAAUGGACUUAAAUGGCAACUUGAGUAAUAUGAUUUUUAAUUUAUCUUUAAAAAAAGAGCAUUUUGAAUAAUGCAUUCUGGACCAUGCAAUGUUUUAAAUUUAACAGUAAUAAAACAAAUAUUCCUGAGCUUCCAGAAAUAAGAUCUUUUUAGGGAUUGAAAAAGAGAGGUUUUGCGCUGUAACAUACAUUACAGAUAUUCAGGUACAUAAACCUCAAAGACUUAUGAUGCAUGAGAAUGAAUUUAUAGAACUGGUAGAAAGUUUGGAACAAGAAAGGUACAAAUUUUUGGCAGCACUCCUUGUUCAUAUGCAGUAGUUAUAUAUUCUUUCUUUUCAUUUAUUUUUUGUGUAACAAUUUUUUUUACUAUCAAUGGUUGUGACCCAGUUGAUUGUUUUCCUCUUUUGAUGUGGUUUAAUAUAUAUUUCACUGAUGUAUAUAAUAACAGUAAUAACCAAAAUCUGUAUAGAAAUAAAUAACAGAUCUUAUUCUUUUCUGGCACUGAUAUAUUAAAAAUAGAAUUGUUGGUAUGCCUACUUUAUAAAUUUAAGAACACAUCUUUUUAUAGUUUGUAAAUUUUUUUUUAAUUUGUACACAAUUUAAUCAUUACUCAGCCAAUUUAUUACUGAAACUUAGUCAACAUGUACUCUCAGCACUCUCAGUCUUGCUUGUUGAAAAGUAUCAUCAUUUGAAGGAUUGGUUAAUCCAGAGUAAAAAAUGUCAUUUUCAUUGUUUACAAUUUAGUGUGUGAUAAGUACGGUGAAAUAUUUAUAGAAUAACUGAUCACAAAAUUCAAAUAUGUAAAAAAAUUCAAGGAUUGACUGAACUACACAUCAACAACACAUCAAUUCAUAAAUAUGUGUUGCCAAUGAGUUAAUUGUCAAUGUUGUUCUGUCACAAGUUGAAUGUUUUUUUAUAUAUGAAUUCUUGGAUCAGUUUUUCUUUUUAUUACUUGACCAUGGACUUUUUAAUGGAAAUAAAGUAGAAAAUGCCAGAAAUUAUAUCUUUUUCUUCACAUUUUUUUAUUCAUUUUGAUGGAACGUCAUCCACAAUCUCUUAGAAACACCCAUUACUGUAUGAGGUGAGAGGAGUGAUUAUGGGAUUUUUUUCUUAUGUGAAGUUAUCGGUUUUUAUUUACUGGGAAAUGAUAGUACUUCAUUACAACCAAUGUAAUAAAAGGACGUAUAACCAAUUCAUUUGAGAUAAAACAUAACAGUCAAUAUUACUGGAUAGUUUUUUUUCACAUUUUAAUUAUCUUCAGUUGAUAAAUAUUGUAAUUAACAAGCAAAGGUGUAGUAGAUCUAUAUUUAUUGAUUAUCCACAAAUUUAUGUAAAUGUAACAAUUUGAUAGGUUGUUGGUUUCAUCAGGGCUUAACCAUAUUAUAAGAUUGAUAUAUUCUUUGUUUAUUGUGGACAUUAACCUCAUUUUUUGGAAUUUUGGAAUUUCAAAGUAAAUUUUUUUUUUGUUGGGUAGGUUUUAUGAUACCAAUCUAGAUUAUCAUAUAUCUAUCUUCAGUGCACUGAAUUUUAUUGGUUCUGUUCACAAUAAAAUAGACAACAUAAAAGCAAUUCUAAUUAAAAAAGUAAUGAUUCAUAUUAUUUUUCCAGACAAAACAAAUUUUGUUUUAAAAUUAUCUUAUAUGAAUGUAAAAUUUCUGUGGUCUGUAAAACUUCAAUAUUUCUAAUAUUAUCAUCUCAGGAUACAUAUAUUUUGAGUCUAAAUCAAUGUGAAAUUUGUUCCACUUUCAAAGACUAUAAAAAAUUAAUGUGUUCAAAAAAGGCUAGUAUUGGUGCUUAUAUAGAAAAGUAUAGUGUCCUGUUUCUAACAGCGAGAUUUUACUGUUUGUUUGAGAUCUUCAUAUUAUUUGUUUGAGAUCUUCAUAUUGUUUGUACAUCAUCUUGUGAGUAAAAUGUCAAGAAAAAAAUUUGAAAUGUACACUGCUAUUAUUGAUUUUAUUGCUGCAAAUUAAUUUUUCAAGGACCUAUUGCAAGGGCAUGAAAUUUGAAGGUAUGAGAUUUAUUGUUUACUUGGAAAAAAUUAACUACUGGCACAUACAAACAUUUCAAAUAUAAUUUAAUUGUUUGUUAAAUUGUUUUAAGCAGAUUGUUAUGACAGGCAAGCCAAUCCACUAUUUUGUAACUUCAUCAUACAUAGAAGAUAAAACUAUUGGUUAACGUGUAAUAAAUAGUAAGCACAUAUGUAGUAAUUAUUGCAGAAGUCAAAAUCCCUGUGUAAAGUCAUUGUAAGAAUUGUAAACAUUCAAUCAUUUUUUCCACAGUUUAUUGUUGUCAGUUAACUACUAUUUCCUUGUUGUCAUAUAAUAUGUGUUUGUUUAGACUUGUAAAUAAUAUGCAGAUAAAAAAUUAGCUUAAUAAGUCUUUCAUUUUGAUAUUUUGUUGCCAAUUUGUAUACAGUGUGGUAGACUAGGAUAUGUAUUCUUUGUAACACAAUGACGUUCUAUUUUUCACAUACGAUUUAGUUCUAAAAGUAGUUGAAUGUUAGAAACUGAUGUAAUUUUGAAAUUAUCUUUGUUACAUGUUCAUUGUGUUUGUAAUAUUAGAGUAAGUUACUGUAAAAAUUUGCCUGUCAGAAAUGAGUUCAGUUUUAAAUUUCCUAAUGAGAUUGACAAGCAUCUUUGAUAUAAAUAAUCAAAUAGAAUUUUACUUUCUAUCUUUGGUAUGUUUUUCUGUUCUAAAGUAUUUUUUUUUACAUGGGGCAGGAUCAACCAAACUCAGUUGUUGGCUCAUAGCGAAAGUAGCUAAUGUGUACAAAACAUUUAUAAACAAAAAUUGGUGCAGAGGAUAAUGCAUUUUAUAUAGAAUCGAAAUAAUUGUGUUUUGCCAAAUGAGGCCCUUUCUGAACAUACUCCUUUGCAGUUUACUAGUCUUACAGUAAAACUUUAAGCAUUUAUUUCCAUUUCUUUUUACAUAAAGCUUGAAUGAAUAAAUGAUUAUUUGAUGAAUUACUAUAGAAAGGCAUGUAUAAGAUCAGUAUUGUGUUAUCUACACCAUCUUCAAGAAAAUUCAGGGUGAGGUGAAUACCUUUAAAAUUUUGAAAAAUUAGUAUUCUCUAAAAGAGAUACUUAUAAAGAGUGAACAAUUCAUUUGAAUUAUAGUUAAUAACUUAUCUCUAUUAAAUUAAAAGACAACAUAUAGGUAAUUUUUAGGUUUAUUGAUAUUUCCACUUAUUGAUGUCUAACUGCUGUAUUAAAUGUAGAAAACUGAAUUGCAACUAAAAAUUUUGUAAACCAAAUUUUGUUUUAAAUACAAUAGCCCUUGUGUAAUUCAUUGAUCCACAUUGAAUUUGAAGAUUUCAUUCUUUAGUACAUGUAAUGCAAUCCGAUUGGUGCCACUGGUAUACCUUGUUUAAUUUGUCCAACCCUCUAGUAAUACAUGCCUUUUUAUAGAAUGGAAGAACUUAUGUAUCUUAAAAAUUAAAUGUUAAUUCAAAUAGAAUAGAUAUAUACAUUUUUUUUAGAGAUUAACAGAAGUCUUUAUAUAUAUUCACACAUGACUGAUAUAAAUAUGACAGAAGAUCAACGAUAAAUUCUUGUAAGUUCAAGAUUGAGUUGGUGCAUUCUUAAUGUAAAAAAUUCCUGACUUGCAUCACAAAAAUAUAAUAUAUUUUGAUACCUUGGAAUAAAAACUGCUGUCAGAAGAACAAAAUUUUAUGAAAAAUAUCAAGCAUUUUUAUUUAAUUUUGUUGAAAGUGAAGUGGAUUAACAUCACAUUUUAUGUUUGUUUGCAUGUAUUAUAAUCUCAAUAGACAAUGUUAUGUUAUAGAAUUUUUUAUAGAAUUUUUUCUUAAUUUAGUAUACGAACAAAAGAGCAAAGAUGUCUUUGCUAGUUAUGUAGAGUAUGUCUAGUAAGUAUAAAAACCAUUUCUGUUGAUAUAGACACAGUGUUUUAUUUGUUAAUUUGUUUUUAUUAUUAUAUCAAGGAUAUAAAGGUGUCAAAACUUGAUUAAA